AUGGAUUGGUGGAUGAUCAAGAGCCUUGUCAAGUCAAUGCAAACCACCAAUGAACCACACACAAAUGCAAACAAUGGUUUUAUAAAUGGACAAACAUUAUGGACAGGCAAUAAUCAUUAUUAUGAAAAGUUGACAUUAACAGGACAAGACUAUAAUUCGGUCAUGUCUAUAGUUAAUUCCAAAACUUUUAACAAUCAUCAAGGAUAUUUGGCAACAAUUACAAGUGAUCAAGAAUAUACAUUUAUAAGUUACACUUAUGGUCAGUCAUUUGUAUUUGGUGCCAGUAGAGUGGGAUCACCAGAUUUAUUCUAUUGGAGUGGUGGACCAGAGAAGAAUAUGCCAAUGUAUAGACAAUCAUUGGGAAGGUGCUAUGAAUAUUGUAAUUGGGCAUUCUUGGAACCAAGAUCGUAUGGUGGUGAUGUUAUUCAAUCGACAAAUGAUGGAAUGGUAACGACCAACAUCACUACAAAUGCCACAUACACUUUUAUUAUAGAGUAUGGAGGAUUGAAUGAUCCAUACUUGCCACCUGCUCUAACACAAGGAGGGUCGGUAGUUGUAUCUCAAUUGGACAAGGGUACACCUCUAUGGAACCUGUCUACUCUUAUGAUCACCAUGGUACCAUCUGGAUUAUUGCCAGCUGUCGCCUUAACCAUUACCAAUCGUUCACUGACCAAUUUCAUCGUUGAAAUACCCGAAGGUAAACAUGAAAGUAGUAUUUUGUUUAAUGAUGGUGUUCGGUCCUUUUCGUUUCCAAAAUAUAGGUAUCAAGUACCGUAUAUCCGGUAUCUCAUCCCAGGAUCACUUCAAUACCAAACUAGAAUAACGCUGGUAGGACUCAACUUUGGACCUAGUAUAUAUGACGGUCUGUUUAUUCGUGACAGUUCUAUGCAAGAAUGUACCAAUAUCGUUGUUAUCCAACCACACACAAUGGUGUCUUGUAUGACACCAAAUUAUUACAGUGAUUUAAUAGCCCUCUAUCCACUCCAAGUCAAAGUUGGUGUACAAUUGAUUAGAAGUUAUAGAAUCCCUUUUUACGAACCAACAUCAGUUACAGUGACAAGUGUAAAUCAACAAUUAUCAUCAUGGGAUGAUAUUAGACAAGGAAUUUUAGAUGCAAGACCAUCAACCGUUGAUUAUAAUGUGGCGUAUCCAUGUGUGUUUACAACUGCUGUGCAGGAAAACACUGCAAGAAGAAUAUAUCCUUGGCGUACAUCUAUGGAGUCUUUUUCAGGACUUGUGAUGAAUGCCAACUUGGAGAUUGAAAUUGAUACGAUGGGUGGCCCAAACCAUGGAAAGAUUGCAGUGUCUGCAGCAGGAGUAUUCAACUCAUCGGUUAUUUGGAUGAGUGGAACAUUCGCAGCACCGGUCAAACAACAGGGACGUGUCUAUGGCUAUGACCCAUCGCUUCGUACUAUCAUGGAUGUUACUGGUCGUCAGAGAGGCGAGUUGAUAUGUUUUGGCACUCGUCCAUUUGAACUAUCAACACAACAACAUCUCUACGUCAACACUACAGGUGGAGAAGUAUAUUAUAAUGUUGGAGGAUCGAGUGGGUUUGAAGUAUCGACCAAGACAUUUAGAAUCGAUUUGAUUGGAAUGAUUGGUGAUAUUCGUCAGACUAGUGAUACACAGUUAGGUGUCAUUGUGCCAGAAGGUAGUGGUGCAAACCAUACCUUCGAUGUCAGCAUUGAGAUAUACCGUCUUGGCAACGCUAUACUCUCUUAUCGACCACCAUCUAUCGUCUCUGUCGUACCACCUCCCACUAUUGGCGGUCCCAUCACAUUCUAUGGGUAUAAUCUUGGUAAACGUGCAGCCGACCUGGUUGCCACCUUUGGCAGUGGUACGUGCACAUCGAUUACAAUGAUUCAAACACACUUUACAGCUAGAUGUACCGUUCCUCCAGGUGUCGGCACCAACAAGACGCUCAGCAUUACACUCGCCGGCCAGACUGGAACCAUCGACGUAUCGUACGAACCUCCUACCAUCCAAUUCACCUCGAUCAACCAAGACACCCGUGUUAGCAUCGCAGGCAAAAACUUUGGCGCUGGAUUCCAAGACAUUUACACGGUCCCAGCGGCAUUGUCACAAGUAUCGUUUACGCAAAAUAAUCCACUCGUCAACUAUAUCAUUUAUCAAGUUACAUUCCCACCAACCACUCGAAAUGGUUAUAUAUCGGUAGUUGUAGGUGGACAAAUGUCCAACGCUGUCUAUUACAAUUUUACACCGGUUAUUACCAGUGCCAGCAGCAUGCCACUCACAGGAGGUGACUUGACACUGACAGGCUACUUUUUCAACACACUUCGACAGAAUGGUGAUCCCACAAACAUCGAACUCAAGGUAAUUGAUGGUGUCACACCAUUCUACCCAACUCUAGUGUCAAGUUCCAAUGACUCGUCAACCACUCAGUUUAUAUUUAACGCACCUCCUGGUAUUGGAGGUAAUAUGUUGGCUUAUUUAACCAUUGAUGAAAAGACUUCGGAAUCGUGUGUAGUUGGAUAUCAAGGUCCUGUACUUGGAGAAAUCAUACAAGAUGGAACAACACUUAGUAUUACAGGUUCUUAUUUUGGAUCAAGACCUGAUAUUGUUACUGUAAGCAUUGCAGGUAUUUCUACACCCAUAUCACCACUGUCAAUGUCCAACGGAGUUAUCGUUAUCGCUAUACCACCAUCUACAACCAACAGCAUGCUUAGUGUAUCAGUGAGUGAUCAAGUCACACCAGAAUAUCCAUUCACACUAGAACCAAUUAUUACAUCGGUGUCAUCAAUCCCUACAAUCGGAGGACCUAUCACUAUUGAUGGAUACUUUUUUAAUAGUGUUGAUGUAUUUGGUAAUCCAAUCACAUAUAGUUUGACAGUUGAUGGUGUAUUAUGCCAGAAUGCAUAUAUUGUUGGUGGAGAUAACCGACAGAUGGUAUGCCAAGUGGGGUCUGGGUCAGGAGCAAAUAAAACAGUCACACUCUACAUUGGAUCAAAACACACCAACUCAACAACCAAUUACAAAACACCAAUCAUUACAGAUAUUCAACAAUCUCAAACCAUCCUCACCAUCCAAGGAACUAAUUUCAUUGGUGAUAUAAACAAGUCAAUGAUUCUUUUUGGUUCUUCUUCUUUUAUCCAACCUCUUACUAGUUUGUUUGAUUCUCAGACCAACUUGUGGACUAUGACUAUUGUCAUUCCAGACAAUACUACAAAUGGAGGUGUUGGUUUGUCUGUUGACGGUCUAGUAUCAAAUGAAAAAGAUUUGAAGUUGAUACCAUAUAUUGAAAGUGUUUCAGAACCAUCAGUUUUGGGUGGAUCAAUCACCAUUCAAGGAAAAUACCUUUCUCUCAAACGUAGAGAUGAUUCGAUCGCCCCUUCACUCGUCUAUAUCGACACUACAUCUAAUCCAUGUACACUUGUCAAUAAUACAUUGGUUUUAGGUCAGCUAUUGUGUAAUGCUCCAUCUGGAUUUGGUUCAGCUCACAAUUUGUAUGUGUCUAUUGACCAUGUCAUCUCAAAUGCUGUAUCAUUCAAAUACAAAGUGCCAACCAUAACCGAUUUCAUUCAAAAUGGUACAAUGGCCACCAUCAAAGGAAGUAGUUUUGGUAGUAAUCCUAGUCAAAUUCUUGUAUUCUUUGGUACCACACUCACCAACUAUGCUGUAUCAACUUUGUUGCUUGAAGGCUCCCAAGAAUCAUUCCAAGUAACUAUUCCACAAUACUCAAAGUCUGGUUCGUUGAAUGUAUUAGUAGCAGGUAUUUCAUCGGUUCCUUAUUCAUACCAACUGAAACCACAUUUGAUCAAUGUUACAUCACCCAAUCAAGAUGACGGAUCUAUUAUCAUUUUGGGUGAUUAUCUAAGUCAAACCAAACAAGAUGGUACGGCCACUGUUGUGACAGUGACUAUUGAUGGUGUACCAUGUACCAAUAUUCAAUCACUACCUAUUGGUGCUGAUGGAUACGAAGUACUGAAAUGUGUGGCACCUGUAGGUGCAGGAUCAGAUCUUCCACUUGUCGUCACUAUCGAUGGAUUAUUUGAUAUUAUUCCAUUCACUUUUAACGGUCCUUCACUCACCUCGGUUACAGUAUCACCAAUGAAUGAAAUACAAGUAAUUGGAAAGAAUUGGGGAAGUGUUGCACAAGAUAUAAAGUUGUAUUAUGGUCAAGAUCAACAAAUCAAUCAAUUUGAAUUCAACUCUACAUCCAACACUAUUACAUUUACAGUAUUACCAAAUUCACUCAAUGAAUUGGUUUAUGUAGAGUAUGUUGGAAGAUUAUCCAAUUCAUUACAAGUCUUGUUAUAUCCCAUCAUAUCGAGUGUCACACCAUCAGAAACAAGUGGUUCAAUUGUCACUGUCAAUGGUCAAUUUUUAAAUGCCAACAAAGGAAAUGGAGAUGCAACCGAUUUGGUCAUUCUAUUCAAUGGUCAACCAGUCCAAUUGCUCCAGGUUGAAACUACAAACUCUAGCUAUAAGCUAUUUUCAGCACCCAAAGGAACAGGAUCCCACUCUACUGUUACCAUUUCAAUAGAAGGUAGAUCACAUUCUCUUGAAAAUUAUACAUACCAAUCACCUACAAUUCAAAGUUUGGUGCAAGACCAGUCCACCCUUUUUAUUCAAGGAAAUAAUUUUGGUGAUAGCGUCACUUUGGUAGAUUUAUCAUGGUACCAAAAUAUGAUGGAAAUAGUCUCUGUCAAUCACACUACUAUCAUUGUCAAUCUUGCAUCGGUAUGUUUAAAUGGUAGAUUGUUGGUCCGUGUUGAUUCAUUACAAGCAAAUGAACAAGAGUUUAUUGUCAAGCCAAUCAUAACUGGUAUCGUAAACAAUGUCGGACCCUAUGGUGGCCAAAUUAACAUUACAGGUCACUAUUUAAACGUCAACCGUGUCAAUGGUACAACUACCAAUACUUUGAUCACUGUUGGAUCAUCGACCUGCCAAUUUCUUGUCGCUGGAAGUGCUGGAGAGUACUUUAUUUGUAAACUGGUUGCAUCUAGUUUAUACCAAGCUCCAUUGACUGUUUCAAUCGAUGGUGCAACAAGUGUUUAUUCCUCUUACACUUCAUUGGCACCUGUUGUGACUGAUAUCACCUCUACGGUUUACAAUGUCUCUUCGUAUCUAAUUAUUACAGGCCAACACUUUUAUUCUCCAUCGACGGUCACUAUUGGAUCAACCCAAUGUACAAACGCAGUGGUCAGUGCUCAAGGAACAACAAUCAAUUGUACAUUCUCAUCAAAGGAGCCACCCUCGAUGAAUGCAAUCCCCGUCACUGUCAAAUCUGUCAGUCUUGAAUCACUGCCAGUUCCAUUAUUCUUUUAUACAGUCAAUCUAUGUGGUGUAUCAUCCAAUAUUUGCAAUGGAAGAGGAACAUGUAUAGGAGGAAGGUGUCAAUGUGCCAUUGGAUACUCUGGUGAUAUAUGCUCGAUUCCAGUCACCACAACACCACUUUUACCAACACUCUCGUCCAAUUCACCCAAUGCAACCUUUAGUCUUGGUAGAGGUGUUGAAAUUGCAACUGGAAUCGUCUAUGUCCGUGAGCUUGGCCCAUCAGGAGCAACAGUUGCAGUGUCUGAUCUAACAACAUCGACAUGGACUGCCCAAACAUCGAUCAACUCUACAGACUCUAUUUCAACAACCUAUACAACCAUUCUCAACAAUACUGCACUGCUUUCAGUGACGGUUGUCGUUUUUAACAAGUCGUCUACAACGCAGUUUGCAGGUGAGACCAUACCUCAAACAGCUCGAUCCUUUAAACAUCUCAUCACUGUAAAAGGAUGGAGCUUUGUAUCACCCAACAACCAACUCGAGGUUAUCUAUCGAGCAGUGACACCAAAGACAUUUGCAUUUAAUUGUACUACAGCCUCGACGGUCAUCUAUACAAACAGCAGUAAUAUUGGUGCACUCAACAACACACUCACAAGCUUUUUAAUCGAUUCUCCCAUUGGACUUGUUCAAUCACGAUUCACUUCUCGAUCGAUUAUCGACCAAAAAGUAAUUGCUAUGAGAACUUACCAACUCGCAACCACAGAUCCACUUUCUAGAUUUACGACCAAUACCCAAGGUCUCUAUGUUGCCAUGACACUUUCUAGUUUCACCUACAAUGCCACCUUUGAUCCAUCAUUCUUUGGUUAUCAAAAACCAGAUCCAACUCCUACUACUUGUGGUACUACCACCAGUUCGACAACGGGUGGGCAUUCGACUACAACCACCACAACAGGUGGACACACUACCAAAGGAUCAACAACCAAAGGAUCAACUACCAAAGGAUCAACUACCAAAGGUUCGUCCUCAACUGGUCACUCUUCAUCUCCAAGUCAAUUCAACAACCUUUCACAAUUAAUUUUAAUCACGACUCUACUAUUAAAUCUUUUAUUCAUUUAA